AUGCACUUCCAGAAGUUUGCUAGACACGAGUUCGAGAAGAACAUUGGCCUCAACAAGAAAGAUUUCAGCGCGAUCGAAUACCUCCUAAGGAAGGGGAAUCGACAAUUGGAGAUAUACGCUUCGCCCGUUGCGGACCAGGCCUCCCCGAGUAUACUUCUGCAUACUCAAAGUCAAGAGAAGAUUCUGGCAGGGCCAUCGCCCGGGCCAGCGGGCGUGCCAUUCCUGCUUCCGCUGCUGAGAGAGCCGUCUAUCUGUGUCAACGCCAGCAACAAACUCCUCGCUGGUCUACCGGCUGCCCACAUCUUCGAACACCCAGCGCCUCUUGAUUCCGGGCUGAAAACCGGCGAUCCUGUCAAACGUGACCUCACCCCUAAGCAUCGACGCACCAAUCCAUCGGCAGCAAGUCCAUCGCCCCAUCUAUUAUUCGCUGUGCCGGCCCCACCACCGCCUUCGGGUCUCCCCGUUAUAGACAGCGCAGAAGUUACGUAUCAGGAUAUUUUGGACGGCUUGCAGCUUGGUUUAUCAGCUAUCCUGGACAGCGAUGUGGAUUUCUGGGUCAAGGAGGUCGUGGGUACGAGUGUCCGUCGCGUUUUGGCCGAUAUAGCUGCGUUGGGUGAGCUGAGGGGGUAG